GGAAGGUUAAGCUGAAAAGAAGAUGUAAAAUGUUUAUUAUUGGGACUUCAGCUAUUAGAAAUAUAAAAGUCAGCAAAGUUAACAUUGCAAGUGUCCAUAAGUUAUUUAAUCAAAGUUAUAAAUCUGUCGCUGUGAAGAGAAGUGGUUUUAAAAAUACUUUAUUGUGCACAAACUCUUGACGGUCAAGAUUUGCGUAUUUAAAUAAGUCAGAGCUGAAGGUUACAUGCCAUUCUGACUAGCGGAAUUAGUUUUACCAGUGUUAUUAGUGAAAGUAGUUUAAAUGAGUUAAGGUCGCAAGCAUUGAUUUCAUAUGCUGCUUGUAUGGUUAACAAACACCAAGACAAUAAGGAUGAUUUACCUGAGUGAUUUAAAAUAACAAGGCCAGAGAGAUAUGCUUCACUGACUUCACGAGUUUUGUAUCAGUGUAACUGGUUUUGGGGCUUAUUGAGGCUAUAGUUCAUGUAGGAGUACUAGUGACUAUACACAGGUAUUCAGUAGGGAAUUAGAUGGAGAGAAGUACAUACCCUCAUGUACAUUAACUGUGAACUAGUGUCAAACUGGUAGUGAGCUUCACUGUGUGUGUGUGGAUUUAAAUUUCUAGAGUUACAUUUAAAAUUAGUGCAAAUGUCUAGUUUGACAAAGUGAAUUUAAAAAAGAUAUUGCAGAAAGUGAAUCUUUAAUUCUUAUAAAGGCAGUUAUAGUGACUAUAAAACUAUGGGAGGAUCUGCUAGUGCAUUCACGGACCAGGAAGCCUUGAGACAUCAAAGCACCAACAUUCAGGGUCCAGAGAAAGCAAAAAUCAGCAAGCAGGCAGAAAAAGGGGUGACUGUGGCUUAUGAUGAAGAAGAUGUGCGCACGCUUCAUGAUGCCUUCAAGAAGGGCGCAAGAAUCUCCAACAAUGGCCCGUGCUUGGGAUGGAAGCCCUCCCCAACAGAGCCCUACAACUGGAUCUCAUAUAACGAUGUGCUGACAAAGGGUAGUAGGGUAGGAGCAGGCUUGAUAGCCAUGGGACAGGCGGCAUCUAACUCCACACACAUUGGCAUCUACUCACAGAACAGAGUAGAGUACUUUAUAUCGGAGCAGGGCUGCUAUAUGUACUCAAUGUGCAUUGUUCCAUUAUACGAUACCCUGGGUAUUGAAGCCUGCAACUACAUCAUUAAUCAGGCUGAGUUAAGCCUGAUAAUCUGUGACAAGAAUGAGAAGGUUACCAAUCUUCUUGGUCGGAUGUCUGAAACCCCAAACCUACGCAUUCUUGUUGUCAUGGAAACUAUCACAGAUGAUGUGAAGGCCCUAGCACAAAAACACAGCGUUGACCUUAUACAAUACUCAGACCUAGAGAAAAAGGGCGAGGAAGCCCCACAGGACCUUAAGCCAAGUGGCCCUGAUGACCUGGCGGUUGUAUGUUACACGAGCGGAACCACGGGGCUGCCCAAGGGAGCCAUGUUGACACACGAGAACUGCCUCGCUCCCACACUAGCCUGUACUAACCUCUUUGAUAGCAACAACUUAAUUGUGAAGCCAGAUGAUGUGUUGAUAUCCUAUCUACCCCUAGCUCACUCGUAUGAAAGGUUGUGUGAGGCAUGCAUGUACUCAUGUGGAGGAAAGAUUGGGUUCUUCCAAGGAGACGUCCGUAAACUCAUGGACGAUAUCAAGGAGUUAAAGCCGACCGUGUUCCCGUCUGUACCGAGAUUGCUCAACAGAGUCUUUGAUAAGGUAAUGGCAGGGGCCAGUGUCAGUGCCAUAAAGUCCAAGAUGUUGAAUAUGGCACUAGCAUCUAAAGAAGCUGAGAUUAAGAGCGGUAUCAUCCGUAAGAACUCGUGGUGGGAUAAGCUCGUGUUCAGUAAGAUCCAGGAGAGCCUCGGUGGGCGUGUGCGCCUUCUCACCACUGGCUCAGCCCCCCUCUCACCCAAAAUACUCAUGUUCCUACGCUGCUGUGUGGGCGCCCCUGUGUUGGAGGGGUACGGACAGACAGAGUGUGGUGCUAUCUGUACUCUGCAGGUCCCCGGAGACGGACAGAUAGGCAAUGUUGGACCUCCUCUGAGGUGUAACUACAUCAAGCUGGUGGAUGUGCCUGACAUGAACUACAAUGCCUCAGAUGACAAGGGAGAGGUCUGUAUCAAAGGACCAAAUGUGUUUAAAGGCUAUAUAAAGGAUCCAGUGAAGACACAGGAGGCCAUCGACGAGGAUGGAUGGCUCCACACCGGCGACGUUGGACAGUGGAUGGAUAAUGGUUGUCUAAAGAUCAUCGACCGUAAGAAGAACAUCUUCAAGCUGGCGCAGGGAGAGUAUAUAGCUCCAGAGAAAAUUGAGAAUGUGUACGUACGAUCCCCACACGUUGCUCAGGUCUACAUUCAUGGUGACAGCCUUAAGUCAAGCCUCAUAGCUGUCAUAGUGCCAGAUCCAGACACCUUCCCGGCAUUCGCCAGGGACAAACUCGGCCUGUCUGGGGACAUGGCGGAGCUGUGCAAUAAUGAGCAAGUGAAGAAGGUGAUCAUGGAGGACAUCACAUCAGUCGGCAAGAAGGCAGGACUAGCUUCAUUUGAACAGGCCAAAGCAAUUCACCUCUAUCCCGAGUUGUUUUCGGUUGAGAAUGAACUCCUUACCCCGACUUUCAAGUCCAAGAGGAAUACACUGAAGGUCUUCUUUAAAAAGGAGAUUGAAGAAAUGUAUAAAGAUCUACCCUAGACGACUCAUUCAUAGUUCAUGUGCGACUGGACCUGUUCAGUUUUGGUUUUUUAAUAUAGAUUAUGUGUGUUCCUAUUAAACAUGUAUUGGCUAGUUUGAUUAAAGCAGUCUGUCUUAAAAUUGUUACAUACCAUAAAUAUCCUAUUAAAAUCGCUGGGAGAAACCUGCACAAGAAAUAAGAAUCUUUUUUCCCCAUUCAGAAAACUUAAAAUUCGCUAGAUUCCAUGAUCAGGCAUGUAAAGAGUAAAAAAGCAAAGUUCAAAGACAAUAUGCAUAAAUUGAAUUGAAUCAUGGAGAAAAAUUGUCCAAAGCUUUUAAAUACAAAAAUGACUCAAAUUUAUACCUUAUCUACUAAGAUAGUGGCACAUAGAACAUACAUUACUACAAUAUUGACUAGUUUUCACCUUUUGAUGCCCGUGAACGUGAGUACUCUGCCUGGUUUUCCAUUUCUGGCUUCAUCUUUGUCAUUCAUGGAGGGAUUUUUAGUUGGCACAUGUUGUCAAAAUGACGACGGGUUGCUUGCAAGAAUCACGUCCUUUCCUCAAAGUUCAAGGUCACACAGUUUAAUAAUUAUGGAAUGAUGCAUAUCCAGUAUAGUUGGUCAGUUUUGUUGUUAACUUGUCAUGCGCAAAGUGAUUUUAAAAUAAACUGCCACACAUUUUAGUAUAAAGGGGAUUUGUUGACCCUCGUCCCCACCUCAAAGGUCAAGGUCACAAUUACUAAUUAAUCAUUAUGGAAUGAUGCAUAUGUUCAUAUACAGUCUAGUUGGUUGUCUCCAAGCUGUAACUGUUUCAUGUAGGAGGGAUUUUAAAAUAAAUUGGCACAUGUAUUUGGUUCAUGAAGGCAAUGUUUCACGUGCAAGACCAAAAGUUCCAAGGUCACACAUACAUGUAAGUUGAGCCAUUAUGAAAUGCUCCAUAUAUGUACAUACAGUAUUCAUAGGCUGUAACUUGGUCAUGCAAGGGUGGCUUUAACAUUAAUUGGCAAAUGUGUUCUGUACAUAAUGAGUUCAGUACAUAAUGAUGUAUCAGAUGCAAGACCCACGUCCUUACCUCAACAUUCAAGGUCACACUUUGAGUUUACUCAUCAUUAUGGCAUGCAUGUUUAAUAGGACAUUUAUGGUAAGUAAGGGUGUAAUAUAGAUGUGAGUACUGACUAAGUGUGAGAUUAUAUCAGGAAUAUUAAUAUUUAUCAAUAAUUACUGCUAUUCAUUCACUCUGUGUUAUUCAAGUAUUCGACAUUAAUUUUUGUUUUCUGGCUAUUACGUUCAUAUAUAUAUACGGCACAGUCAUUUUGAUAUUAGAAGAUCCUGACACAUUAUUAAACGGCAAUGUCCCUGUAUUUCAAAUUAAAGGAACAGUGUUGGACUCCAUCUUGACCUUUAUUAAAGUUCUUAUUUGUAUGUUAUACAUGCAUGGUGUUUGUGUGCUGACCAAAUAUUCUUGUUCACUUCGUUUGUGAAUGUAUUGAGUGAUAUACGCAGUGUCAUUUGCAUUUGUCAUUAAUUAUAUCAUAUAGUAUAUAUGUGUAUGUCAUUAAUGCAUAUCAAAGUCUAAUGGCAGUAUUUAUUUGAAAUGUUUUGAUGAAUUAUUUAUCUGUGACUACAGACUCUGGUCAGUAAGCCUGCAUUGGAAUCUCCACGAGUUUGCUCAUUUAAUGUUGUUGGACUUUGUAUCCACAAUUUAAUACUUAUCAGUAUCUCAUCCUCAAAUUAUGUAGUCACAUAUAAACUUUAUUAUUAGUAUUGUACCUGACCAUAGACUGCUUUGGUAAUUAUACCCCCACAUAUAUCUCUUAGCAGCCAAUUGUAUAAAACUGGUUAAGUCUUUAGUUUGGUCAAAAUAUUCAUUGAUUGGUCAAUUUUUAUUUGAAAAUUUAAUAUCAACCAAUCAAAUCAUUGAAAAGUUCAAACUAGCCUAAAGAUAAGCUGUGUACAAAUGAUCAAGGUUUAAUACAACUGGCUGUUAGGGGCUAUAUAGGAGUUGUUUAGAAUAGCUAAAAAGUAAGUCACAAUGGAAAUGAAAAUUUGUUUAACAUAAAUUAUUACUAAAUGUACAAAGAACUCAUUUUGUCUGUAAUACAACACCAUUGUUCUGAAGUAUGAUUUGUGUUCUGUAGAAUCCAGGGAACAUUCAUGAAGUUAUCAUUGAUUAUGUGAAGUUCACCUUAAUAGAUUCCAUUAAAAAGAUCAGAAUUUAGUGCUUAAGAAACAGUUUAAAUGAAAUUGUGGACCACAUUUGUUUGUCAGCUGUAUUGAACUGACAUUUUGGAUUUAUUAUUUAUAUCAGCACAAGUUUAAAACACAAGUUACAUAUAAAUAUAGCAUGUACAUAUAACAAAAUCAAAAUGUUGGGUAAAAAUUACAAAUGAGGACCAUUUUGGCUUAGGUCUUUUUAACCAUUUUGGCUUAUAAGAUGACUAUAUACAUGCAUUAUUUUCAAAAAUGGGAACAACCAUGUAAUAGGUUGUACUUCUAAUAGAAACAUCGAUUUCAUCAUAUGAAUCCAAUAAUGGGCACAAAUUAAAAGGAUUACACACUGUUUCACAGUUUAUAUUGUUUUCGUAUAUGGAAAUUGUUCUUUGGAUAUUUACUCGGGGUUUUUUUUCUAUUUAUUUCAAUCUUUUCUUUAUAUCUAAAUGUAUUUAUAUAUCAACGUAAAAUGGAAGGUUGAAUAUGUUUAAUAUUUUAUACAAUAGAUGUAGACAAUGUCUUGUACUGGUAAAUGUUCCUUUUGUCUAGUAUUCAUAUAUUCAUAUAUUCAGUGUCCUUUUGGAUAUAUGUAGGAGUUCACUUCCUCCAUCAAAUGUUUAAGUACUGAAAUAGAAAUACUCCCAUUGUUAACAAUGAUUGGCUAGUUUGACUACUUUGAUGCCAGAUUAAUAUUAUUCUUGUUGCUAACUGGAAGUUUUGUUUCCAUUAUAAAUGUAUGUUAAAUGCUAGUUAGAUGUUCAGACGCUUCAUUAUUUUAAGCUGGUGCAUUUAUGUUAAUGGUUUGGCAAAUACAUUUUUGAAAAGUUAA